AUGAGACUCUAUUGGCAGCGGUGCUGCCUACACAUUUUUCUUAUCGGCACUGGUAACUACAAGACCAUUCCUCUACAGGAUAUUUAUUCUCUAUCCCUCCUUCUGUCCCUCCACCGAGACCUUCAUGUCAAAGUUGGUGAUGCACUUAGCGUCGAUGUUGGAUUGGAUGACUUCGACUCUGACCCCAUAGUUAAAGGUGGUGGCCAAGUUGAUGAGAAUGGCGCAGACGGCAUGGGAGGCGUUGAAGGUAGCAUGAAUGGUGUGAAUGCUGAAGAUGAUGGAACUGAUCUUAAUAUCAACCAUGAUGGCCCGGGAGAUGGUGAUGAGGAUGAGCCUGAGAGAGAUCUGUCUGGUGUGGCAGAGAAGGAGAAGUAUGAACUUGACCCCAAUGACUCGGGAUUCGGGGGCAACGGAAAGCGCACCAUUUUCACAUCAAGCAAGUUUUGGAGGUUCGUGGAUGCCUCACUUGAGGGUGUUCGCAAAAUGGGAAAGGUUGAGGCAGAGGAACUUGGUGAUGGAACACCGGCGGAGAAUAUCAUCAGGAACAUCCUGGUUGAAUAUUUCCAGCAGGACCUCACCAAAUUUUCAGGGAAGAGAAGUGUCCCAAAACUUCUUUCCAUUGCCAAUCCUCAGUGGCAGACAAAGAUUCAGACUGAUCUACUUUGGUAG